UAUUAUCUGCAAAUAAUGCCUCGUCCAUUAAAAGAAAGUUAUGGAGACCUCAAGCCUCCAUUUUCAUAUAUAUCAUUGACCGCCAUGGCAAUAUGGAGUUCUCCACAGAAAAUGUUGCCAUUAAGUGAAAUUUACAAAUAUAUAAUGGACAAAUUUCCUUAUUAUCGAAAAAAUACACAAAAGUGGCAAAAUUCUUUACGACAUAAUCUAAGCUUUAAUGAUUGUUUUAUAAAAGUGCCUCGCCAUUCCAGUAAGGCUGGCAAAGGAUGUUUCUGGACAUUGCACCCCAAAGCUUUUGAUAUGUUUGAAAACGGCAGUUUGCUGCGCCGACGGAAACGCUUUCGUAUAAAAAAAAUUGAAACAGACUUGUUAUCUGUUGAAAUGACUACGUUGGCAGGAUUUCAACACAUAUUAAACCAGCAAGCUGAAUCCAAUUUUGCUACAUGGGAGAAUAACCUUGACUUACCAUUGGAUAAUAUUAACAACCCGCCUUUCGCCACAACACCAUGCUUCAGUGUGCCACGUAUUAAUGAAUAUGAAGCAACUGAGCAAUUUUCGUACCCACAGCGACCUAAGAGAUCAUUUACAAUUGAAAGCCUAAUUGGUCCGGAAAAAAAUCAAACAUCAGACGACAUUGGUAAUUUUGGGGAGAACCAUAAAAACCAUUCAUUUGAAAGCGGAUUUUCUUUUCCUGGAUUAUUUAACGUCAAUUUUGCAGCUACAGUUUCUCAACAUCUGACUCCAGAUUCAUAUGGUUUGCAUCAGCAAUUAGCUCUUAUGCACCAACAGCAAGCAGCGGCUCAUCUUCAAAUUCAACAAUCUGCUACUGCUGCCCUUCUAGUUGAACAUCAGCAACAGCUAACACAACAAAAUUUAUUAAGUACAUUUUUAGGACCAUUAUCAGUAUUUUAA